AGCUCUAUUUAAUAUUUAUGUUCUCAACUGUUAACACUUAACAGUACCACCCAGUGUUAGACAUACACACGUUAUUUCUAGCAGCUCCGGAGUCCCUCCAACCCUAAUGGUUCUCCAUUAAUGCUUACUCUGUAGUCUCAUGGUUGCCUCUACAGCCAGUUCUGUAUUAUUCUCAUCCUCCAAAAACCCUCUGUACACAUUCAAGUAUGGCUUCGUACAGAACCCUUCGCUCCUUUCACCUCUAUAGGCAUCUCAGACCGCAAAGCACAUCAACGUUAGUUAGAAAACCUCUAUAUACAUCCUCCACCGCUCAUUCCAGCUUGUCAGAUUUUCAGAAAUCUUGUCCUUGUUUUAAUUCAUUCAAGUUUAGUUCAAUCACUCGGAGAACGAUUUCGGCUUCUGCCCACGUCGAAGAACGCUCCGAAACAGAAUCGACUGAUUCAGAGAGCGAUGAAUCGACUAAGAAGUCCGAAAGCAUUCGGAGAAAGAUUGAAUGCGUGACGAAACUAGAGAAGGAGAAAAAACCCCUCGAUGUUUUCUUCAAAGAGGCUGUCGGGUUAAGUGAAAAUCCCAAAGAAAGCGAUUCUUCGGAGGCGGAGGAAUUGGAGGACGACGAAUUCUCUGAUGGUUCAGAGUUGAAGGAAAUCGAAGAAUUGAAGAAGAAAUUACGGAAAUUGGAGAAUGAGGUGAGGAGUCUCAAAAGGAGUUCGAAGGAGAAAGCGAAGAAGAAGAAAUCGCCAAAGAAAGAAAUAGGCCCGCCCCCAAAUGAUAAUAAAGCCAGGAGCUUGUAUUCUCUUUUUGCAAAUGACAGAACAUCUAUACAUUUGGAAACUGCCGAGGUCAAGAGACAUCCCAACAAAGAACUUUCAUCAGAAGCCAGACCUCCUCGGAAAGAGCUUUCACAACAAGUUAAGCCUCCUCAGAAAGAGCUUUCGCCCGAUAUGGUUUUACUGGUGGGUCGUUUGUACGAGGAAGGGUACCUAAAUAAGGCAAAUUUCUUGCCGGAAAAGAAAUUAGAUCUCAGUUGUUUCUCCAGUAGUUAUUCCCGCAGUUUCUUAGUGUCUGCAGCUAAAAUGUUCGGUGGGAACCAUCAAGAAAUUGCUAAAUGCUUGUCAGUUGGUGACUUAAAAACAGUUGCCCUAUUUGGUUGCCCUUCCCUUGCGAGGGAUACUGUAUUUGCAGCUAAAAGAUUGCGUACUUUCUUUGGCAUUUAUGAAGAUAUGGUAUGUGGUUCUUGCAAACUGAAAAGUUCAUGCAAUUUUGCAAAUAGAAAAAUAUUGAAAGCGGAUAAUUUGAAUUCGGCAGAUGUGAUGAAAAUUCUCACUGAAUAUUCCUUGGAUUUGGUUCACCCACAGCUAGAAGUGCCCAGAGAAACAAAAACUUCAAUCAGAAGAUUGCUUAAUGAGGUGAUCAAUCUCAACCAAUAAUACCAUGGAGGUCAAGAGGUCUAUGAACUUCGAAUUCUGGUUAUAUGAGGCCCUCUUGUGCACUCAGGUUGCUUGUUUGGCUGUUCCUGUCUCACUCACAUUCAGCAGGAGAACCCUUGGUUUUCUUGUCAUCAUUGUCUGAUAAUAUUUAAAUGCUGAAGAAAGAGUGGAGAAAUAACUGUCUCUGGUUUUCUCAUUAAUGGCAUAACACAAAGCUGCAUUUUCAACACAACUGAAUUUCGAGGUAAAGUUGUGAUGGCUGACCGUGUAUUUCUAUUUUUUUAAAUCAUCUUGGGUAUAAUCAUCAUGCCAGUCAAAAGGAAGAUACCUCAUGUGCGUUACAAAUAUUUUCUUUGCUUGAGGAACUUCCCAUCAACCUGCUAAAUUGUUUUCUACAGGGGUGUUUAGUUUCUGGAACAUCAAGAUAAGAUAAUUCAAUCUUGUCUUUUCUUAACUUUUUGAAUUUGCCAAAUGUCAAUACUAGUGGCAUAUUGCUUAUGGAUUGCAUAUGCUGUUUAAAAUGCUUUCUGUAAUGCUAGUAUAUUGUGACAAUUAAUGGAGGUCAUGAUUCUCUACUCAA